AUGAGUGUGGGCAAUAAUGUAUCUAAUAACGGGACUUUGUCCCAGGAGGACGUUCCAAGAGAUGUGCGUCUCUUGCAUUUACUAUUAGCUUCCCAAGGUAUACACCAGUACGAAGAUCAAGUGCCGCUGCAAUUGAUGGAUUUCGCUUACAGAUACACAAAGGGUGUUCUCAAAGAUGCCAUGGUCUAUAACGAUCAUGUCAAUUCCACAGAUCAUAAACUCUCCGUGGAAGACAUACGGCUAGCUAUAUCUGCAAGAACGCAGUACCAGUUUAAGCCCACAGCUCCAAAAGAAUUAUUGUUACAAUUGGCCGCUGAACGUAAUAAGAAGGCUUUGCCACAGGUGAUGGGGUCAUGGGGUAUUAGAUUGCCGCCUGAAAAGUACUGUCUCACUGCAAAAGAAUGGAAUCUCAACGACGACCAGCCAAAUUCAAAUGAAUGA